AUGAUUGACCCGCUGUCCGUUGCGGGGUUGGCAAUCGCCAUCGUUGACGCCCUCAUCAAGCUCGGAGAGAGAACGGGAGAACUCAUCAGUGAUGCAAAUGCGUUCGAAAGUGAUUCGAGUGAGAUGCGGAACUUGGUCAACGAUGAGAACAUACAGACCAAGCUGAUUCGGAAUCUGCUCUUCUCUGAGUGCGCGGUAUACGGUGGGAAAACUCUCUUCGAACAAUUCGACCCAGAUAUCCAAAAGCAGAUCGAGCUCCUCUGCGUCGAGAUCAAGUCCAUUCUCCAGGAGGGCGUGGAACUUCUAGAGCGUCGAUAUGGCAUCUCGCGGCAGACCUCGAGCGCUUCUAUUCCCAACUUCUCAUCCAAUUCACUGCUUUCUCCGGAUUCAAGCCAGCGUUCUUCAGGCCGUGCAACCCCAUCAUUCCCCGAUCUCCUCAGAUGGUCAUUCCGCGACAAGAAGAGGGUAGAAGCUAUCCUUCAGUCUUUUAAAGAUCGCAAUUCACGCCUGAAGAAAAAGGUUGAGCUCUGGUGUCUCGCAUCGCAGCUCGGUGUCUCGCCUGACCACCUGAAUCAUCUUCAAACAGAUGCCUCUUCUCGAGAGCUCGGCUUUGAUAAAGAUGCAUCUUUACGUCUAGCCCAAUGGGAUUCAGGGGAAAUGACUACCUCUCUUGAGCUACUAGAUCAGUCAUGGGACUCACAUCUCAAACAGAUCGAACCUAUUGAGUACCAGGGCAUGUUCGCGAUGUUCUACAAAGAUGGCGUGGCGUAUAUCCAAGAAAACCACCACUAUGAUAGCACCUCGAUCCCUAUGCAUGCCUGCAUACCCAGCUAUGGUGUCGAUCAACGAACCAAAAGUCGAGUUGACUCCCUAGCCAAGCUCCUGCACCAGCCAAAGGGACAGGUGUUUCGCGUUCUACCCUGCGUAGGCUGGAAAUACCUCCCAAGUCAACACUCCAUCGCAUUCGUCUUCGAGGUACAGCCAAAACCCAUUGGCGCGCCCGUCAGUCUUCAAAGGCUGUUAUUCAAAAAUGACCUCCGUCCAGAGCUAGGGGACAAGUUCCGCCUAGCACUUGGUCUCUCGAAAUGCAUCGCCCAGAUGCACAUGGUCCAAUGGCUACACGAAAGUUUCCGAAGCGACAACAUCCUAUUGCUCCCCCACCAGAUCCAUGACUCAACAGACCCUCGAGUCGGAGUCAACUACCCUUCACCAUGGGUGCUCGGCUUCGAAUUCAGUCGCCCAGAACCCUUCUUCUCAAUGGGCCAAGCCGAUUUUGAGCCUUCACGCGAUAUAUACCGCCAUCCAGACCGACAGGGCCAGCCAAUGAAGAUGUUCAAAAAGAUCCAUGAUAUCUAUGCUCUAGGCGUUGUACUGCUUGAGAUUGGGUUGUGGGAGCCUGCUGUUAAGUUAGAGAAGAAUGUCUUCUCGCAUGCUAGUAACCCGCAUGCAGUGCGGGCGCAGUUGAUCAAGCAUGCGCAGAGGAGGCUUGAAUCGAGGGUCGGGAGGAGGUACAAGGAGGUUGUGGUCAAGUGUUUGACGGGUGAGUUUGGGGUUGAGGAUGAUACGAAGGAGGAUUUGAAGCUUCAGCAGGCUUUUCGGUAUCAAGUUGUUGAUGUUAUUGAGAUGGCUGCUAGUUACGUAUAG